AUGGCCAUCAACAUGCCGAUUCAGGGCACGGCCGCAGACAUCAUGAAAAAAGCCAUGAUUAGCGUGCAGUCCCGCCUCAAAAAAGAAGAUUGGAACACCAGGAUGAUCCUGCAGGUGCAUGAUGAACUGGUGUUCGAAGUUCCGGAGGACGAGAUGGAUGAGCUCAUUGUGAUGGUGCUGGAUGAGAUGCCCGCGGCCCUGGAUCUGGACGUGACGCUCAAAGUUGACGUGAAAUCAGGUUACUCGUGGGAGUACUUCUGCAAAGGCUGCAGGCAGAGGGAUUUUAUCCAGUAUCCGGAUUGA